AGUCACACCACUUAAGCGACAAAGAAAACGUCUUACUCCUGCGACCAGCUUUGGAGACCUCCGGCUACAAUUAACCUGGCUAGCCCGUCAGCCGUCAGUCAAGACUGUCACGCUCCGAUUGGCCAAUGAAAUGAAAGGUUCGGCCCUCCAGUCCAAGCCUGAUUGGCUUACGGUCCAGGAACAGGCGUUAGCCCCGGUAGGGCAAAAGCAAGAUGGCGUCCCUGGAUCGGGUGAAGGUACUGGUAUUGGGAGACUCAGGUGUUGGGAAAUCUUCAUUAGUUCACCUUCUGUGCCAAAAUCAAGUGCUUGGAAACCCAUCGUGGACAGUGGGCUGCUCAGUAGAUGUCAGAGUAUUAUUUUAGUACAUGACUUAACAAAUAAAAAAUCAUCCCAAAAUUUAUACCGUUGGUCAUUGGAAGCUCUCAACAGGGAUUUGGUGCCAACUGGGGUCUUGGUAACAAAUGGGGAUUAUGACCGGGAACAGUUUGCUGAUAACCAAAUCCCACUGUUAGUAAUAGGAACUAAACUGGACCAGAUUCAUGAAACCAAGCGCCAUGAAGUUUUAACUAGGACUGCUUUCCUGGCUGAGGACUUCAUUGCAGAGGAAAUUAAUUUGGACUGCACAAAUCCACGAUAUUUAGCUGCAGGUUCUUCCAAUGCUGUCAAGCUCAGUAGGUUUUUUGAUAAGGUCAUAGAGAAGAGAUACUUUUUAAGAGAAGGUAAUCAGAUUCCAGGCUUUUCUGAUCGAAAAAGAUUUGGAGGAGGAACAUUAAAGAGCCUUCAUUAUGACUGAAUUACACUCACCCUUUGGAAGAGUGAGCAAGCAGUGAAAGUUUUCCACAGUCUUCCUUUUACUCUGCUGAUUAUUAAUGUCUCAGCCUUUUCACAAAAUCAUCUUAAAAUACUACCCUUCAACCUCACCAUUUUAAUGGAAAGUGAAAGGAAGUGACAGCGUGGGAGGUCCAAACUUUGUCCCCAUUUCCUCUGUUCCUCACCUUUCUGUCCCUGUUUAUAGGUUACAUAAAAGCCUUGUGGAUACAUGAGAUGUUGUCAGAAUGAUGCAGUAAAUGAGCAGUGACAAAGUGGUACAGAGAAAAUUUACUCUUGCUUAGAACUGGAGGAUUUUUAUAGGUCUGUAAUUUUCCCACACUCAUUGCUGAAGGCUUAAUUAAGUACUUCAAAAAUGUAUCUCUAUUGUUUUACCUUCUUGAGGGGAAAGGUUAUGUUAACCAGCACUGAAUUGUCCACCCCAAAUAAUCUCUGUCAUUUUCAAAGGAGGAAAAUGGUGUUAUUUAAUUGUCUCCACCCUCAUCACACAUGAGAUGCCUAAUAAUAGUAACCCUUGUCUCCCUCUCCUCUCCUUUGCAAAUGGCUCAGUGGCUGGAAGAGGCAGACUAAUAGCUAGAGUUAAAUAUAAAUAGAUUAAUAACACAUAGAGAACAGCAGUACCAGAAAAGAAGAAUUCUAUAAGAAAUUGACAUCCCACUAAAUCCUUCACUCAUCAGGCUUGUUUGGAUAUAGAUAGGGUAAAAUUGAAGACCUGUUCAAGAAUAGCAGAGAUAUUUCCUCCCCCUUUUUCAUGGAGGGGAGUUAGGGGAGUCAUCCAAGUAGUUCUCAGGAGCCGCCAGCAGCCACUCCCAGCAAUAAGGCAGUUUGAUGCUAGGGCCUGAGGCAGUGGUGCUGCUUGGUCCCUGUAGUGUCAUGGACCAGCAGGGAUACUCCCUCAGUGCUCAGCAGUCUCCGGUACUCUAGCCAGUGAUGCCUACAGGCUCUAGGGCUACACCAAGCAAUGCUUAGGAGGUCAUGCAGUGCUGGGGAUGAAAUAUUCUCUGUGUCUACAUUGUAUUUUUGGAAAGAAGUAAAAAUGCGGGCCUGGAGUGGUAGCACAGCAGGUAAGGCAUUUGCCUUGCAUGCGGCCGACCCGGGUUCGAUUCUCAGCAUCCCAUAUGGUCCCCUGAGCACCGCCAGGAGUAAUUCCUGAGUGCAUGAUCCAGGAAUAACCCCUGUGCAUCGCCAAAAGAAAGAAGUAAAAAUGUGUACCACAGCAAAAAAUUUACAUAAAUUAUGCACUAGAAGUUUUAGACUUUAUAACCCAGAGAGUUGGGGGUGGGGUGGAGGAAUGUGUUUAUGUGCAUACUUGUUCGGUGUUACUUUUAUUUUAACCAUCUUAUUUUGCUUUUCUGAUCUCUCUGCCCUCAUUCUUCUUAAUAUUUAAACCUUGUCUGCAAAAACUAAUUGACUGCCUCAUGCAGUGACACCUUUUUAUCUAUAGUCUUUCUCUGGUUCUGAUGCUGAUUGUUAAAAUAAAAUAACAAAUAUACA